AUGACCACACCGCAGGUCUUUUGGACCGGUGACGACCAGCCCGGCCCCGGGCCCGGGCCCACACAGCUCCCGCAACAUGUCGGCCUGAAUGCCCCGCGGCUGGAGGCGGCCAACCGGUUGCUGGCCACCGCGGGCCCGGUGGCCGAUGGGCGUCCGGGUCCGGCGCAGCUGGCCGCCGCCCGGCCCCCGGGGCACAUGCCCGUCGGCAAGGUCGAUGCCUCCGGCAUCACGAGCAAUGCCCGGCAUCUGCUGGUUCCGGGCGACGCGCGGCACUGGUGCCCGGCCGUGUACGCGGCACUGACCGCGCGGCUCAUCAACAGCGUGUGCUCGUGA